UUUAAUUUUCUGUUUGUUAACAAAACCCACAUGACAAGAGAUGAGAAUUAAGGAAAGAUGCUUUCAAAUUAGAGUUUGCAUGACAAAAUUUGUAAAAAAUUACAGUGGUGGGAAUUUUUUAAGAAUUUUGUUAGUGAAUAAAUAAAUAACUUGCUUGUUUAUUGUAUUAACAAAGUACAUGGCUUUACGUGGAUUUAAAGUUAUUGAAUUUGCUGGUUUAGCUCCUGCUCCUUUUUGUGGUAUGGUAUUAAGAGAUAAUGGUGCUUCCGUGAUCAGAGUAGAUAAACCCUUCACAAUGGGAGAGAUGGAUGCAUUAGCUAGAGGCAAACGAUCUGUGGUUGUUGAUUUCAAAAAACCAACUUCUACCUCUAUUCUGUCCAGAUUAUGUGCCAAAGCAGAUGUUCUUAUUGAUCCAUUCCGUCCAGGUGUGAUGGAAAAAUUCAAUUUAGGUCCUUCAGAAUUAUGUAAGCUCAAUCCUAAACUUAUUUAUGCACGGUUAACAGGCUUUGGGCAGGAUGGUCCUUUUUCUAAAAUGGCUGGUCAUGAUAUUAAUUACAUUGCAAUAGCUGGUGUUCUAUCGGCCCUAGGAGGAGAGAAACCGCAGCAUCCAAUCAAUUUAAUGGGAGACUUUGCAGGUGGUGGCCUUAUUUGUGCUCUAGGCAUCUGCCUUGCUUUACUAGAUAGAUACAGAUCUGGUAAAGGACAAGUGAUUGAUGCGAACAUGGUUGAAGGAUCAGCAUAUGUAUCCAGUUGGUUGUGGGCUAGCCGUUCUAAAUCAUAUCCUUACCCACUUUGGUCAAAGCCUAGAGGUGAGAAUAUUUUAGAUGGUGGUGCCCAUUUUUACCAGACAUAUAAAACAAAAGAUGGAAAAUACAUUGCAGUAGGAGCACUGGAACAUUCUUUCUAUUCUGCUUUUAUAGAAGGCUUAGGCUUGGAUCCAGAUAAUUUUUCUCAAGAUAAAUUUGGCCCAGAAACCCAAAAGAAAUGCGCAGACGUGUUCCUCACAAAAACCCAGGCUGAAUGGUGUGAAAAAUUUGAUCUUACCGAUGCUUGUGUGACUCCAGUGGUGCCACUUGAAGAGGCACACAAUCAUCCUCAUAAUGCUCACAACCGGUCUUUUAUGAAACAGGAUGAAACUAUAGUACCUAGACCUGCACCUCGAUUGUCUCGAACUCCAGCAGAACCUGGUCUAACGAAUCCGGUUCCAGGGCAACAUACUAGAGAGAUCCUUCUUGAAAUAGGAUUUAGAGAGGAUGAAAUUGAAUCAUUUAUUGAAGAUGGAACUGUGUAUUGUGUAGACAUGAAAGCUUCUCUAUAGAACAGAAUCUAAGGUUUCUUUUUGAUACAAAUGUUAUAACUCGAUGCAACCUUUAGAUAUAUUUUGCUGUAUCCAGGGUGGCCAGCAUUUCUUCUGUUUGAUUUCUCUGACUUCACCUGUUUUUAAGAAAUUUACCGGACAUUUUUUUUUUUAUGUUUAUAAUACCUUCAGAGCGAUAUCAUUUUAUUUUAUUCUCUUUAAUUAUUGAACAAUAUUUGAGAAAUUGUUCUACUCUCUUAACUAAAUUCAAUGUAAAAUCAAAUUUAAUUCUCAGAAAAAAAAAACAUCAUUUUUACUUAUUAAAUUUCAGAUAAGCUUCAAUAGUCUAAAACCCUUUCCUUUUUUUUUUUCAAAUAUAUUAACCAACAUUUCAAGAUACAUGCCCGUCUAGACUUACUUUUAACCAAUCAGUCACAUCUCGGAACUGUUUGUCAAAUUUACUCACGAAAAAUGCUAUAUAAAAAUAUAUACCCAUUGGCGGAAUGCUCAAGAAUGAAAUGACUUGUUUGCUUCCAGUGGCGUCUCUCCUCCAUCCAUACAGUUUACCAACACGCCAAUCAGAACUGAGCAAUAACUUCAUUAACAGAAAGAAAAAAAAAACUCAUUUAUAAAUACGAAAUGAAA